GAGAGAGAGAGAGAGAGACGGUUGUGGCUGUAGGUAGUUGUGUCAAGAAGGUUGUAAUCUGAAGAAGAUUUGAGAGCUACGAAUUUGACUAGACGAUUUGGAUAUACGCUGAGAGGUAUUGGGGACUGGAAAUAGUAUCUUAUAGCAAGGUGUGAAAAAGUUGUAAAGGAGAAAGGAAGCACACAAGAGAAAGAAAAAGACAAGAAGAUUUCUAUUUGGGAAAGAAGUGUGGCUGUGUGCAAAUUUCACUUCAGCUUUUAGAAGACUCGGGAAACCAAACACACUAUGGAUUUUGUUAUGAAGCAAGCUUUAGGUGGGGCCACCAAAGACAUGGGGAAGAUGCUGGGGGGGGAGGAGGAGAAAGACCCAGACGCACAGAAGAAGGAGGAGGAGAGACAGGAGGCCCUGAGGCAGCAGGAGGAGGAGAGGAAAGCCAAGCAUGCCCGGAUGGAGGCGGAGAGGGAGAAAGUACGACAGACCAUUCGUGACAAGUACGGGCUGAAGAAGAAAGAGGAGAAGGAGGCGGAGGAGAAGGCCGCCAUGGAGCAGGCGUGCGAGGGCUCCCUGACACGGCCCAAGAAGGCCAUCCCGGCCGGGUGCGGGGACGAAGACGAGGAGGACGAGGAGAGCAUUUUGGACACCGUUCUCAAAUUCCUGCCUGGCCCACUGCAGGACAUGUUCAAGAAGUAACGCACCUGCAGCGCAGGCCAGGAGUCAGGUGGGGAGGCCCAGACCUGGGGGGAGGGGGGCGGCUCCUGCCGACACAGCCUAUCCGCGGCCUCGACAGGCUUUCCUUCUUAUUUCACACUGCCAGAGAAAAGACACAAUCAGACCCACAUCAACCGCAAGUCAAGAAAAUAGUCAUUGUCUUUGCAAUUCUUUGUUUUGUUUUUUUAAUUCAUUAUUUGUAUUUAUUUAUUUAUUUGUUUCUGUUUUUCUUGCUUAUUUCUUUUCAACAGUCAAUCAGUCCAGACCAAGAAUUUACCCAUCUCGAAAUCUAGCUGAGCUGGGCACUACAUUGAUUUGUCAUUAUGUUAUUGCACUACGGGGCUGUGCAAAACUGAGAGGUAGCAAUCAUGUGGGGCACAUGCCGUUCUUUCAGUUACUUUUGGGCAGUAAACGAUCUGAGGGCACCAAACCGAUUAGUGUAAGCAAAGACUGUGUUUGUAUUAGCUUAAAGAACUCUUGAUUUUAGCUAUUGUACCGCUAUAUGUUAUGAUGUGGAGGUACAGUACAUUUCAGGUUUAGUUUGAUAACUUCAUCUUAGUUUUAUCUGCUCGUUCAUGCAUUUCCCCCUCAAAUUCAUUUUGUGAGUGGACUUCCACAAUAAGGUGUAAGUGGUAUAGUAAAAAUGUGAAAGUCCAAGGUUACUGUCCACUCAAUUCAGGACCAGGUCAUUCUGCAGGUUAAGUGAGGAAUUCUAAUUGCAUUGGAGAACACUGCCAAACAAUUCCAAUGGCUUGCUGGCAGAAAACCAGCUGCUUCAUUUGGGAAUACAAAGAGCCAGCUGUCCUCUGUAAGAGUUUUGUUUUGAGGUCAAUGGACUUACUGAUCCGCUGUUGCUACGGGUGCUUGGCGAUAAUGCUAGUUUCCCGUAGGUUUUGUGCCUCUUUUCGCUCUGCCACAUUGAGGCUCUCGUCAGUGGAAUGGUAAUUAAAGGACAUACAGUCCCUCCAGUCUCAUUCUAACGAAGCUCAAUGUUUUUAAAUGUUUGUUUGCUGGCUGUGCUGUUUUGCCUUCAGCUUCACGUGCUGUAUUUAAUAUUGUUCUUUUUAAAAGUUUUCAGUUGCUUUUCAAAGCCAAAGUGUUUAGGUUAUCAUCAAUCGGCUACCAAAUUCCAAACUUCCCCUUUUUUCCCUGGUCAGGAUUGGGAAUUAUGUAUGGGUUUUAUAGUAAAAUAUAUUCAAAAGAACAAAAAUAGAUUUUGUUCUUGAUUGAAUAACAUGCCUGAAACAUUUCACUGUUUAUAACAAACCAGGUAAACAAACAAAAUUAUUGAGAGGGAACUUUUUAAAAGGAAUUAUUUUUGGUUUCUAGCCGUACAUGUUACACUUGAUAUGAGAAUUAAUUUGUACUGCUGGAAAUGAAAAUUACGUAUAUGUUCAUCUGUCACUGGUUUCAAUGCAACUGCAUUUCCUGUAUACUGUUUAAAUUAUCUUUUCCUACAAAUGGUUAGCACAGUCCCAAAGACAAUCAAACCCGACCACUGCUCAGAUGUGGAAGUAGCCGAUAUAUGAUGUCAUUUUGCAUUUCACCUGCCACGUUACGUACAUAAGCAUACCGUAAUGGAUAUAUUGCAUUUUUUAUAUCAGUGAACAAUGCAGAGAGGGGUGGACGAAGAUUUUUAGAUUGAUUCAUAAACAGUGGCAUACUGCCAAUAAAAUAAUUAAAAUUCCAAUUUGAGUGCCCUUGUCCCAAUGAACCUAAUGCAUUUUAAUGUUAAUGUUUUAUUUUUAGUAGUUAUAUAAUUACACUUUAAUAUGUGCCUGUUUUAGCUCAUGUGCAAAAUGAGAAAGUAAUAUGCCAUGAAAUCUGAUGACUGCCAAACUGUAGAUAGGAUUUAUGUAAUGACUGUUUACAUUGUUUCCUAUUGAUUCAUCUCAUUUUACACACGGACCUCUCCAGUCCAGUCAAAGAAAUCUGCAAAAAGUGUGAUGUCUUAUAAGUUUUAAUACGGAUCAGUUAAUUGAAAAUAGGUUACAGUCUGGUUAGAUGAAUGCAAACUGCCACAAAACAAGUUCUUAUUUCACAGGUUUGCCAUUGGAACAUCCAUGGCCUGUACCAUUCCAAACCUUUGAGUGCCAUGUACCUUUAAAGAGAGGGAAUCCACUUUUUUAAAAUGUUCCCUCAAUUGAUCUUUUACUCACUGUUUCUGUCCCAUUAUAUAAUUAUGAAAUACAUUGCUAUAUGCAUUUUGCAAUUCAUUCAUGCAAUAUUCACCUAGGUCUGAGUAAGUGGACAAUAAAAAAAAAACUUCAGUAUAAAUAAAAAUAGUUAUUUUGAUUAAUACAUUAACUCAGUGCAGUUACUUCAGCCCGUGAUUCUGCAACCAUGUUUAUUAAAUGAUUCACCCACAGCUUAUUGCAUUUAAGUUGUUCAUAUACAUUCAGUUCAGAAACUGGACUUAUAAAUGUUAUACAAAUAUUUUUAAAAUAUUUUUAAUAGUGGAAUGACAGACAGUGAUGUUGUGGGGGCCUUUAUAUUUGCAUUCAUUAACACCAAGACCAAAGAAGAGGGCAAAAAAAUUACCUUGAAGUCCUGUGUCGCUCACAUCACUCCGAACUAUUUAUUUGGGCUUCAUUUUGUUGAGUUAUGCAGAAACAGACUUACACAUGCAUUUAGUUUACAAACAUAUAUCUCAGGUUCCAGAUAGCCUUGAAAACGUGAAACCUAUAAUUAAAAAGGACUUGGGAAUGAUGGACAAUAUCUCACAUUGCUAUGUUAGUAUUUCGCUAACAUAUGUACUGCAGUGCUUUGAACAUGACAAAACCCUUUUUCAUUAAAUCCAUAUAGGUAGAAACCACUACACAGAUAAGACCAGUUACAGUCAUGAAGGAGUUUAAAUCUAGAAAUAGAGAGACUUCUUUUGGCAUAGUUUUGGUGUGUAGGCUGCUUGUCGCUGUGUGAAACGUUACUGAGUAUAUAAAAGCAACAUUUAUUUUAGACUGAACAGCAAAACUAACGUAAACAUAUACUACUGGCAGUGCAUACUGCAACAAAUGUCAAAUAAAUCUGCCCUAAAAACAUACGUAUACAAUACACCAUCUUAAAGUCACUAUACCUUACACUGUCCAAUUAAAUAGCAAGAAAGUAAGAGACCGAACAGUUUACAUUUAGUAUUGUUAGUUUUGAUGCAUGUAAAAUAAAGCUGGAAAACAUGCAGGGUCCAAGACAUUUCCCUGAUCAACUGUAUGCCUUGAAAUUUGUAGUUAUCAUGUGAUAAAUGUAUUAUAGUACCUGUCAGAUAUGAGUCUUAUUUCAGAAAUAAUGUAAACAAAGAUCUAGAGUUUGUAAAGAAAUUUAUAUUUAAACUUAGCUCCUAAACUACUUAAGCAUGAUGCUAGGGGAAACUACUGUAUCUGCUAGGUGACGCUGUUGUACUCGUCUAUUCAGCACCUAGCUAAAGCCAGUAUUUAAAUUAAAUUAGAUUUAUCACCAAAACAUCAAAACAUAUAACAUGGAGUUGAACUCAAACAGUAGUAGUCAAUUAUUUCAAAUUAUUUAGAAAUUAUCUCCAGCGUGCACCAGCUGUGACAUGAAAAGUGUAUAUGAGAUACAGCCUGUAAUGUGCUAAAAAGUUUCCAUCGGUGGGAGAAUUUGUCAUUUUGAAAUCUUUCCUUUUUAUUUGCUGUGUGGAUCCUUUAACUAGUUAAAGCCAUAUUGUUUAGACUGCAAUAAUUUAUUGAAACAGUAAAAAAAGUAUAAACCGGAAUGGGAGAUCUUUUAGUCUCAUCUGUUUCCUGUAAAGAAAAGCUCUGUCUAUUGACACUAUCUACCUAUCAAUCAUCUGACUCUCUCUCAUUAUAUAUUAAAUGUAUGUAUGUAUGUAUUUAUGUGUGUAUAUACAUACACUAUAAAUAGUUCAUCUGAAAAAUGAUGUCUUUUUAAAAAAGAAAAAAGCCACAGUGAUGAUGUCUCUGUAUGUAUUGUAUUUUAUGUGUAUAUGUAUGUGUGCGUCUGUGUGUCCGUAUUUGAUGUAAACUCCAUGUUGCUGAUUCUUGUCCCUGUUAGUACUGUAGACGUCUCUUAAUCUAUCCAAUGUGCUCAAACCUAACCCUAGCUCUCCUCAAAAGUAUGACAGAGAGCACGGGCUCAGAUCACGCCACAUGUUUUUCAGUGCUUCUACAUUCCAAUAAUGGUAAAUAAAUCUAAAUUACAUGUAAAUACAGACCCAAAUUCAUAUUUUUUAAUCGUUAUGCCAACAACAGAAACCAUUUACUGAAUCCAGUAGUGCUGUAAUCAAGAGUUUCUGAAGAAGUAUAGGUUUCACCGAGGAGUUGUAAAAUGAGAAAUCAGAAAUGUGUACAGAAACAGUUAGCCUCACAAUCGCACUGUUGAGAGUUUUUGGUGAUAAUGAUAAUGAUAAUGCUUCAAAAGCCAGAGGUGAACUUCAGUUGAAGUGUGUUGCUUUGAUAUGAAUAAAGGUUAUGAAAAGGCCAUUGCGCUAGCAGGUAUAAAACAUUUUUGUCAUAAUCACCUGCAAAUAAGACACAAGGGACGCAGACUUAUUGGAGUUAUCUACAUUCUUUUUUUUUUUGCAAAUAUAUGUUGGGGAAGAAAACAACAUAUAAUUCUUUAAAAUCAGUAGCUGUUUGUCUCUCAGUGUGGUACAGUUUUCCCAAUGAAGCAGGAGAGUUAGAAACAGUGGCUGAAUGACUUGCUUGUGUACUCUAGGGAGACUCCAUUCAUACAUUGAAAGCAAGAUCUGUUUUCCUUUUCUCCAUUUACAUCUUCAUGGGGAAAAUAAACUUCACACAUUUCCUCUGAAAAAAGUGACAAUAUAUUAGAAAUAUAUUGGCUUUUCUGUCAUAAUUACAGUCAUAUUGUUAAUAUCAUUCAAUGCUGCUAAAAUGGCCUACAGCAAUCACAUAGUGGAUGUAUUUCAGUAAAUCAAAUAGCGAAUUGUCUAUUAGACAUGACAUACUCAACAGAAAGAAUUGUCGAUCAUCUGAUUAAAUUGUAAAUCAGUUUUUUUAUAUUUAGAUAUGCAGUAUAUAUCAUGCUGCUCUUGGUGAGAUUGUGACAGAGUCGUUGUUUCUCAGUGUUGUCAAUGUGUCUGUCUCACAGCAGGGGCGAAAGGGCUGAACGAGUUGUGCAAAAACCAGGCUGCUGUCUAGCUCAAGAGUUUUUCCCACUCACAUUAGAGAGCCUACUGUGCGCGGUACUAUUCGAAAUGUGCACAACCUACGUCACCUCGAGGCUAUUGGCUUUAACAAAUGUACUAAACUAAGCAUCCCAUAAUCCCGUACUUGUGUUGUUAUCAGUAGCAGGUGAGAGAUUUCUUAAACUGGUGCACAAAUGGGUGCAGUGAGUCACGGGGCAGUGAAUGGGCAUUUAAGCCAAGCCGACUCGCUCUAUUUCACUCCCAUUGCAAAACUAUUUCAAGGGACACAGCCCAGUACUUUCCUGCUUUCCUUCCAAUAAAGGGCUCAUUACACCGGGUGAGAAAGGUGUGAGUGCAGCCACCUGCUCUGGGAGAUAUAGCCCCUACGUUCGUCAGCGGGAGUGCUGAGAGGGGAAAUUGCUAUUGCAAAGUUCAGCUGAGGAGAAGGACAGAUUCAGAUUAAUCCAGGAAUGGCCACUUUCAGCCGGUAGGGCAGAGCUGCCUGAUGUGCUUGUGCUGACUAAUCUGGCCCCGGUUCAGUCUGCGGGAGAUAGAAGGGCACGUGUUACAUCGCUGGCUGAAAUGACAAUCUGAGUGAUUUUCAUUUAGAUUAUUUUCCUUGCUCUUUUUUAUUACGGUUCUUUUUUGAGGGAAGGGGUAGACCGAUGAUAGAUGAUAAGAUUUAAUUCUGUAUCUGCAGAUGCUUCAUUUUAGAUAUUCAGCACAAAAUGACAUUUCUUCUUUCUUUCUGGACUAUUAAAAUUAUUUCGUUUGGUAUUGAAAAUCAAGCUGCAAAGGCGAGAAACGGAAUCUAGUUGGUGCCCUUCCUCAAUUAUUGGAAAACAUGUAUAAAAAAUUAUAUAUUAUAAUUAUUUGUUUUGACAUUUCAGUGGUAAAGCUAUAGCUGCCAUGUAGCUCACUCUAGUAGUUGAAAGAAAUAUACAGAAAGAAUAUUGAUGAACAGGGUGUGAAGGAGCAUGGUGGUACAAGAUGGACAAGGUUUGGGGAGUAGGGUUGGGUAAGUUGGGCUGCAUCUGAGCAAAGGGUUGGCCCCAGUUGACUGUCAAUGUAUUUCUACAGUGUUGUUGCAAUAUCUCACAAUGCUGCAGAAGUCAUUCUGGGGGGAAUGUAUCCAUCUUGCACAUGUAGUCUCAGUGGCCAGUCGCCCAACUCUGACCCAGAACAGGAAUAAGGCUUCUUCUAACAGGAUAAACAGCCAUAUCCCAUUAGUGUCUUUCAGUGUUUCUUUCUGCCAUUUCAGCUGAGAAUGGAAUCGAGUAAACUGCAUUUGUAAAGGGCUAUUUUCAUCGAAUUCACCACGAGUUCACCACAUCUUCCAUCCCACUCGCGCCUCACCCUCGCCAUUGCAUAGCAUUGCUCAUUUUGUGUGUGGAAAUCAGCAGGUGGGGAAGGAGAGACCUGAAGGGGUGAUUAAUAGAAGAGGGGACCUGACAUUUUCACCCCUCCACCAGCAAUAGCAGGAAAGGUUCAAGUUUGGAGCAGGUCAUCAAGAGAUGCACUGCAGGAGGUGGCUGGAGCAGAGCUGAGUAAUCAGGUUAGCCGGAAACGGGAGCGAAUAGGUCACAGAGAGGGGCGGGCCUGCGUUUGAAUUCUCUGGUGCUUCAGAAUGACUUAUAAAUGGGGAUAGUCUGGUCAGGCUGUAAUAGUGUUGUGUUGUGUGAGCCAGACUGGUGGGGUAAACCAAGCAGCACAAUGCAGAUGGGAACUUGGCUGUGCACUGCAUGUGUUUUCUUCCAUGUUUGUGGAAAGAAACACAUUGGUCUCAUAAAUUUUCCCUUUGAUUGAUAUGUGUGAAAGGAGGAUUACAGAUUACCAAAUGCUAUGAAACAAUUGACAGUGAAGUUGUUCCUCCUUUCAGAAUAGAAAUAAGGACAAAACAAAGUAGUGAAAAUUAUUUAACAAGCUUGCAGUACCUAGUGGCAGUUUAUUGGGGUUUUUUUCAAAAGGAAAUAUUUAUCAAGGUUCAUUGUAGGGCAGAUUUAGACAUUUAGGCAUGGGAUUUUGUAAACGGUUUCUGUUGUCAGGAAAUAAAAUAUCCACUAAUCAAUACAGCACUGUUGACAUGUGUGUCUGUCUGAGAAUGAUGAUUAGUUACUUUGCUAAAUUAAAAAAUUUCAAACUGAACAGUUUUUUAAACUGCACAACAUACAAUGUUGGAUCCACUGGGAGAAUACAUUACCUGAACCCAUAUGUGUGUCUGCUUGUAAACACUUAAAAUGUCUUUUGAAAUCAACUUUAAAAUGUAUAUUUUAAACAAACUGUACAAAACUAGGCACAUACAAGCAAAAUUGUGUGAAUAGAAAGAGACUUGUACAUAUGUUUUAUUCUAGUGUUAAACAUUUUAUUUUCAUUCUAUGGAAUGGGGAAGAUAUAGGGGAUGUUAGGGGUAGGGGUUAGGGGGAGGAUCAUAUUUCAGAUUAAAUAUGAUUCAUAGAAUUGUCAAUAACCCUCUCAACUUUAUCACUUAUCUGACUCUGUGUGGACACUGUUGAGUUAAAUGUUCAAUAAUUAAUUCAGCUUAGAUGAUAAACAUUUCAGACGAUAUGUUAUUUACAGUUGUUUUCAUAUGUGAUAUUGUGGACCAAUACAUAAGUGGAUUCUUCUGAAAAUGAGUCCUUUUAUAGAUGCAAUGUAUUUUGGUUGCACAAAUCAGGGCAAAAAAACAUUGCAGAGUGGCAUGCAUGGUUUCUUAUUGUAUCUCUGUUUGAUUCAGGUCUGCACAAAAUUUAAAAAAUCUCCAUUCAUCUGUAUGUGUGCAUUGUAAACAUUUGCAUUAGACACCGGAUAGUCUCCUUGAGUUUGCUGUAGAUAUAAAUGAUCUUAUGGAUAUGUACAAAACUAGAUAUACAUAGGUCCAUAUAUGUAUUUCAUCUUGGCCACAUGUUUUAAAUUCACAUCCGAACCAGAAGAUUCAGAUGCAAUGUUUAUUUUAUAUUAACAAUAUAAAUUUUAUAUUUUUCUUUACACAUUAAUCAUUUAGUCAUUAAUCAAUUCACCGGUUCUGGAGAAUAGCAGAAAACUAGCCACACUAUGACCUGCCAAACAAACCUUGAUGUGUGUUCACAGUCUGCCAUGAAAAUUGGUCAGUGAUGAUAAAUGUCACUGCUAAAUUCUUUGUACAGUGACAUUUGCACAAAUGCCUGGCAAAAAACACUCCCCAAACACACACUGGUUAGACAAUGACCACAAAACUUUAAUACAUUCCAGUAUCUCACAAUUUGCACUAGAAUAUAUCUUUGAAUUUACUUUGAACAGAAGUAGAAGGCCUGUGAAGUCCAUCAUGUAGACACCGUUACUAUAUGUCAAAUUGUUCUAUUAUGUGUGUCUUUGUCUUUGUUUUUUAUUAAAUACAUUUAUGAUAAAGUUGAAGGGAUUACGUUAAACAUAAAUAAAUAAAUAAAUAAUAUGCCAUCCUAAAACAAUUGUUUUAUUUUAUUUCAGGGUGUGGGAGCUGAGAAUGUAAUUAAACACGUGAAUUAAUAAGAUAUUUGCUUUACUGCAUGUCAUAUAAUGUAUGUAUAACCAAAUCACUGUAGAAUUGUCACAUCUAUGGAGCUAAAGCAUCAUUUUUGGAGAUUUAAUGCAUAAUGAACUUAAUAAAGUGAUUUCAUAAAA